CCAAUCUCACAUAAAAUGGCGCCAUUAAGCGAACGCCUGCAUAGUGAAACAGUGCUGUAACAUUAUAAUCUAAUAUCGCAGUGUAACGAUCAAAUUUAAGUGAAAACAUGCCCACAGCCGUAACCUUUGAGCAAAUUCAUUCCCUCACACAUACGCGGAUUACUAGAUAUGCCGUUUGUGUGCCUUUAGCUCGCACUGAACUGUUCGACGCCAUCUUGGAGAGCCACGUGACAAUGUUUUGUUCAAAUAAUUAAGAUCGCUUCCAUCAUGGAGGUGCUAGCGAACGCGGCCGUGGCAGAGAUCUGCAAACUUGUGGACGAUGGAUAUGCGGUUUUACGCUUGGAAAUGUCCCAAAGCCAGAAAGAGAACAAAGCCUUAAAGAGGAAACUGCAGAUGCUGGAGCUCCGGAUCGCCCGGGGAUAUACAGAGAGGAACUCCGUAAAUUCUCGCCCUCUUGGAGUUCAGUGUUUCGAAAAAACCAGAAGAACAGUUACCGGGCCUUCAGCCACACAGAGGAGAGAUGGGGAAAUUAUGGUUGUGGAUGAAGACCACGCACCAACGCAGGCUGCCGUUGAGAGAGACGAGUGUGCAGACGUGGAGGAGGAAAUGACUGAAUCUCUUCUGAUAAAGGAGGAGAGAUCCGAAGAGGACAGAGACCCACAGAGAGCGAUGAACUCCAGGGAGGAGAGAGCGGUGGAGUGGAGGGCAGGCAGCAGGGAAAAACGUCCCGUUGAGGAAACGCAGAAUAAAGCAGCGAAUCACACAGAGGAGCUCACUGAGCAGCACAGGACCAGACGCGCUGUUUGGGAGUGCACAGACAUGGAGGAGGGAGGGACUGAAGCGCUUCUCAUAAAGGAGGAGGGGCCGGAGGAGAGCCUCCGGAGGCGAAACCCACGGACGGGGCGGAGGAACGCAGAGGGCGGCGCCUUUCCCACUGGAAGAGCUUCAGGAGCUGUGGAGCGGGGAGGCGCUGUCGGGGGAAGAGUUCCCGCCCUGAACAAGCAGACAGCGCCGGAGCGCCCCCUGGAGGACCUCACUGAGCACAGCGCCCCGAGCAGCCUUUGGGAGUGUGCAGACAUGGAGGAGGGAAGGGCUGAAUCGCUUCUGAUAAAGGAGGAGAAACUGGAAGAGGACCGAGACCCACAGAGAGAGAUGAACUCCAGGCAGGAGAGAUUGGUGGACUCAGGCUCUGACGGUUUGGGACAGGCUCCGCCCCUGAUGCACAGAGAGACCAGGCCCUGCGUUUGGGAGGUCAGUGGACUGGAGUCUCCUCUUAAGGGAGAGACAGAGAGAGCAGAGACGCUUCAGCACACAGGAUGUGAACAGAGCGCAGGAAGACUCCACACUUCCUGUCCUGAGUUCUUAAUGUGUGAGAGAACUAGUCAACUGAGGACUCUGUGUACACAGGGGGCUGGUGAAACAGAGGCUGAUGUUCCCUCCUGCUCUUAUGCUACAGAAAGCAGCUCUGAGAGCCUGUCCAUUCACUCAGGGCUGCAGUCACUUCCUCCCUCAGGGAAAGCUGCUGCCAGUAGUCUGUCAUUGGGGUCUCUAGAUCUUAAGCCAGAGGCUGUAAUGAUAGACUCUGCAUCGACUGAAGAGGAGGCUGAGAUGCACUCCGCAUGGACUGAAGAAGCAUUUUCCAGAAAUAUUGUAUCGCAGCACAGAUAUCACAGAGGAGAGAGGGAGAGAAUGGAAGCGAUCCCAGGAAGUGUUGACGUGUGUCCCCCAUUUGCCCAAAUAUCGGUGAGAGACGGCACUGACGCGGCACACAUGCUGGUGUCUGAUGUGAACGCUCGCGUGCCCUUCCAUGAUGAAAUAUCGCCGCCGAAGGGCAUCGGUACGCACAGAGUGGGCAGACGGGAGAAACUGUUCAUUUGUACAUACUGCGGGAAGGCUUUCAAUCGUCCGAAAAAGGUCGAGAUACACCAGAGAGUUCACACCGGGGAGAAACCAUACAGAUGCACCAUUUGUGGGCGGUGUUUUGCUGAGGCAGGCAAUCUCAAAAAGCAUCUGAGGGUUCACACGGGAGAGAAGCCGUUCAGGUGUACGUCCUGUGGGAGAAUGUUUGCCUCCAUACAAAACCUCAGAACGCACGAGCAGAGAGACCAUCCUGACGUGCUUAGCGGGAGAUGAGGUUCUUCCGUUAGGACUGAUGAGGGGAGGGAAACUUGCACACCUGUAGACUGUUCGUUCUGUGCGACCUUUGCAGCACGUAUGCAUAAUUCUGUUUUUACACGUUUAAUUACAUUUUAUUAACAUCACCUGAUUCCAAAUCUGCCCUUCCAUUGUCAAACCGACACGUCUAUGGAAAUGUGUUUCUCAGGGUCGAGUAAGCCGUGUCUAUGACAACCGUGUUCCAAAAUAAACAUACAUCACAUGCAAAAUUCAGCGUAUGUGUGUCAUGUGAAAGCCGCGGUCACCUGCAUGAUUAAUUGUAUUAUUGUGAUUGUGUUAUUUAUAGCAUGUCUUUAGGACGCUACAUGGAAUAAAAACUGAUUUAAACGGUCAUUUUGAUCAUGUCCUUGUACAUAAAAUGUGAGAUGAAAUGCAAUAACUGUCAUAUGAAACAUUCGCAAUCACUUUAGAAUAAUCACAAUAUUAGAUUCAUAGCGUGCUGAGAGUCUAGUAUCUGUUAAGGCUCUGUUCCAGUGUGUGGAUGGGCCCCAUGGUCUGGUAUCUGUUAAGGCUCUGUUCCAGUGUGUGGAUGGGCCUCAUGGUCUGGUAUCUGUUAAGGCUCUGUUCCAGUGUAUGGAUGGGCCUCAUGGUCUGGUACCUGUUAAGGCUCUGUUCCAGUGUGUGGAUGGGCCCCAUGAUCUGGUGUCUGUUAAGGCACUGUUCCAGUGUGUGGAUGGGCCCCAUGGUCUGGUAUCUGUUAAGGCUCUGUUCCAGUGUGUGUAUGGGCCCCAUGGUCUGGUGUCUGUUAAGGCUCUGUUCCAGUGUGUGUAUGGGCCCCAUGGUCUGGUAUCUGUUAAGGCACUGUUUCAGUGUGUGUAUGGGCCCCAUGGUCUGGUAUCUGUUAAGGCACUGUUUCAGUGUGUGGAACUUGGACUGUGCCAGUGCCGACUGGUUGGCGAUCUUGCGGCCUUACCCUAAGGAGAUUAUAUCUAUGGCAAUGAUAUACUGGGGCGACAUUGCUCAGGAGGUUGCCGAUUCGAUCCCCGCCCUGGGCAUGUCGAAGUGUCCCUGAGCAAGACGCCUAACCCCUAAAUGCUCUGGUGAUUGAGAGGCAUCAAUUGUAAAGCACUUUGGAUAAAAGCGCUAUAUAAAUCCAGUCCAUUUUACCAUUUACCAUGAUCUUCAGUCCUGAUCCUGGUGGUCUGCUGAUUUUUGUUUUUGCCUUAAUAUCAGCUGGCAGUUCUGACCCAAGGAACCAGGCAAGGUGUGCUAACUAAGUGCUGAGUAACAACAAAACCAGCUGGUCCUGCGGCCCUCCAGGACUGAAGGACUGAAGACCAGUGGCCUAUGGGAAUGACUGGCGCAUUGCACACCACCGCCCUCUUCUGGUUAUCCACCAGCUGCACAUGAGGUGUACUCCUCUGCACAGCCGUGCUGGCGGAUUGUGUGCUAAGAGGAAAUUGAGGUCGGCAGGGUGAAUUGAACUGAUGCUGCGGCAACAUGGGGCCAAUGAUACAAUUUUACAUUCCAGAACGGGAGAAAAAGAGAAAUCUAGUUCGUUCUUUAUUUUAUUUUUUUAAUGUUUUUUUUAAAUAUUAAAAUUUAAAUUAAAGUAUUAUCAUCUUUGAUUUCCAUACAUUGACGUUUAUUGUGGUGGACUAUUUUUAAAGAUGAGUUUUAAUGAAAUAUAAUCUAAAAUAAAGAUUCCCUUGAGCCACA